CCGGUUUAAAAAGGCCGCGGGGCUGCAGGCUAGAGGACGAAGAAGGGGACGCCCGGGCGCCGGAGCGAUGAAGUCGGCCGUGGUGCUGCUGGCCGGGUGGCUGGCGCUGACCGCUUAUUACGUCUACCUGCCGCUCCCUAGCACCGUCUCCGAGUCCUGGUAUCUCAUGAUGAUGAAUGCGUUUUUCCGGCUCGUGCAGCAAUCGUGCAGCCUGGCUCAUGCCAUGGGUCUUGACCACCAUGCAAGACUGCUGAAUGUUGUUGUUGGUAAGCUGGAAAGCCUAAGUAACAUGCCUUCAGGGCAUGUGAAGAUAACAGACCCCGUAUUUGAUGGUGUAGAGGUCCGAGUGUAUCAGCCUUUUGCAGAAAGCCAGAAGACAUUACGUCGCAGCGUGGUCUACAUCCAUGGAGGAGGAUGGUCUUUGUUAAGUGCAAGAGGAGGUUCCUAUAAUCAUCUCUGCAUGGUUAUGGCUGAAUCUCUGGAUGCUGUAAUUGUCUCAAUUGAUUACAGGUUAGUGCCAGAUUUCCACUUCCCGGCACAGUUGGAUGAUGUCCUUCGGGCCAUCAAACAUUUUCUGCUGCCAGAUGUCCUAGCUCAGUAUUCUGUUGAUCCCACCAGAAUUGCAGUUUCCGGUGAUAGUGCAGGAGGCAACCUGGCUGCUGCUGCGUGUCAGGAGAUUAGUCAAGAGGAGAACGUGACCAACAGAUUUAAACUGCAGGCCCUAGUCUAUCCAGUCCUUCAGUGUUUUGAUUUUAAUACUCCUUCAUACCAACAGAACGAACUAAGCCCGAUCGCAUCACGCACUGUUAUUGUAAAGUUCUGGAUAGACUAUUUUGAUGGAAACUAUGAUUAUGCCCAGUCCAUGCUGAUAAACAACCACACAUCUCUGGAUGUGAGCAAGGCCAGUUCCUUCAGAGACCGACUAGACUGGACUUUUCUUCUGCCUUCAAGAUUCAGAAAGCAUUACAAACCCAUAACUCAAAGUACAGGGAAAGCUGAAAUCAUCCAGAAUAUUCCUGCCCUAUUAGAUGUCCGUGCAGCCCCGCUUCUGGCUGACAAAGAGGUUUUGCGCCUGCAGCCCAAAACUUAUAUUAUGACCUGUGAGAUCGAUGUUUUGAGAGAUGAUGGUCUCAUGUAUGCCAAGCGGUUAGAGAAAGCAGGUGUGGAAGUCACCGUUGACCACUUUGAAGACUGUUUUCAUGGCUGCAUGCUCUUCACCAUUUGGCCAAUUAAUUUUUCUUCAGGAUUUCACACCAGAGACAGCUAUCUCAAGUGGCUGAAUGAAAAUCUGUGAACAGAGAAAGAUCAGUCUCUAGAAAAGGAAUUCAUGCUAUUCAUUUGAAGACAUCACUAGAGAACUUCCAUUACAGGAUAGCAGGUACAUCUGUUAUGACAUAACUGGACCCUUUUAUGAAAAAACAUCUUGUGUAAACUUCAAGCCUGAUUCUAAAUACAUUUGCAAGGAAGUAAGACCUGGUCUUAUGGAGGCAGUAGAAAAAGGUGAUUGAAUAGUCUAUACCCCUUCAGACUGCAAGAGAAAAAUGCUAUCUGUGAAUAUAGUUUCAUAUGACAGUCCCUUCAAGUAGGGACAAGUAAGACAAAUCAAUGAAAAAAGCAAUCAUCCUAAUCCUGAUUUACUUUGCUACUUUUCUACUUACAAGAAGAGCUCUUCCUGUGGACAUUCACAAGGAAUGGGGCAAAUGGGGCAACAUGUAUGACAUCCUUACAUACUUGUGUCAGACAUCAGAACGCAAGUACAUUCCUGCACAUAGGGCUUCAUUUGGCACCAUUGUAUUUUGCUGCAAAUGACACCGCCCCCCUCCCCCCACCAAAAAAAUGUAGGAGGGACAUAGUCCAUUGGUAAAGGACAUGCUUUGAGUACAGAAGGUUCCAAAUUCAUUCCAUCACUAGAAGUGUGCAGAAUAAUCCAGUCUUAGUAAUAAAAGCUCACUGAAAGUAUUCAGUUGUUACCUUAUCUACCCUACUGGAAGUGGUCCAGCUUAAAAAAGACAAUUUUGGGGCUGUAACUUCUUGGCCUCAGAACAUUUUGCAGAUUUUUAAUUCCAGGCAUCUGUAAGUGGAAGACAGGGAAGCAAAAUGGCCUGAAACUUAAGGAAAACACUGUCCAUCCUCUCAUUUAGGUGGCUUCAGAAGGGGACUAAAUAAUUUUCCAGAGAACAGGGCUAUCUAAGGCUAUUAAUAGUUUAGUGGGUGCAAUGGAAGCAGUUCACCUCUACCUACCAGAUUCAUAGGAACAACAUUGAGACAGGAGGCUCCCUUAAUCUGUGGGUCUCCUAGAUGCCUCUAGUGGGCCACCAUGUGAGUUGGAAUGCUACCAAAUGGGCCUAGGCCUGAUCCAGCAGGGCUAGUCUCAUGUUUUCAUGUCGGCAUUGGCAAUACUAAACUAAACGGACCAAGGUCCAAGCAAGUGUAUGGUGUAGGCUAAACCAUAAUGUAGUUUGUCUGGAUUUGGCUGAGUAUAUUGUGUGAACCCGACUAAUGGUGGCUUAUUCAGUAAACUACAGCUAAAUGAUGAUUUAGCAUGGUAGGGGAGCCCACUCAAUGUUUUCCACACCUACAGCAAUGCACAGCAUCAUAUUUGCAGAAUAACACAGGUCACCCCAAGUCCUGCUCACCUCUGUUAGCAUGAUCUCACACCAAAUAACUUGAGAUUCGGAAAUCUCAUGAGAGUUGGGUUGUUGUUGUUUAUUCGUUCAGUAGCUUCUGACUCAAGGUUCUGUAACUCAGAUUCAACUUUAACCUGAAUACACAUUUGAUUUUUGUUUUUGUUUGCUUUCACUUUGGCCUAGUUCAGUCUAUUCUGUUGUAAGCUCACAACUUCUU